GACGGAUGCUUACCACUCCAUGGAUGAAUUCGCUGAUUGCAUUUACAGCAUAUGCAACGCCAUAACACUGAUCACGAUUUCUUUCAAGAUACUUAUCCUAUUCAAGCACAGAAAGGCAUUUCUCGAGUUGAUUUUGUACACCCAGAAGAAUUUUUGGCAUACGAAUUAUGACCCUUACGAGAAAACUGUUAUGGGCAAUUGCAAGCGUAUCUGUACUUGUCUAAUUUGUAUCUUCUGUUUCUUUUCGCAAGGCACAGCUAUUAGCUAUGCAGUAGGCCCCAUGAUUGCAAAUAUAGGAAAAAACGACUCUGACAGGAUACUUCCAUUUAAAAUAUGGCUUGACUUGCCAUUCACCGUAACGCCGUAUUUUGAGAUAACGUUCACAAUACAGGUACUGACUUUAUACCAUAUCGGCGUAUGCUAUCUAUGCCUGGACAACUUCCUGUGUGUCUUGAAUCUCCACGUAGCUAGUCAGUUUCGUAUAUUACAAUACAGGAUAGAAAACCUGGUUUCACUGAAAGACGAAACGAAGCUGAAAGAAGCUUCGUUUCAAAAUCCUUUGUAUCAGGCAGACGAAUGUUUAGAAGCAUUUAAAAUGUACGUUAAACAACAUCAGGCACUUAUAAAAUACUGCAGUAGGCUCCAAGAAGUAUUCGCGGCAGUCGGACUGGGACAAGUGAUAAUCUUUAGUUUAUUAAUAUGCCUCGAUGGAUAUCUGGUUCUCUUGGUUACAGCGAGUCUAUCAAGGCGUCUAAUUUUCGCAUUUCACAUAACGGGCUGCAUGUGCCAGCUGUUGAUGUUCACCUACAGCUGUGACUGUUUGAUACAAGAAAGUACACAAAUAGCUGCAGCUGUCUACGCAGCACCGUGGACACAGUUGCCUAUGAACAAAGAUGGAAGUGCGCUACGAAAGGACUUAAUACUUGUCAUGAUGAGAUCUAGAGUUCCUUGUUGCCUAAAUGCUAGUGGAUUCUUUGUUGUGUCCCUCGAAACGUAUACUACGGUUUUAAGUACCGCAGCGUCAUACUUCACACUUUUAAGGCAAUACUAAAAUAGCGAGGUGCAUAUGUGGAAUAAUUAAUAAUGUUUUAUCGUACACUUUUUACUUGAAAUACGGAACGUAUUAAAAAAUUACAGUUGGAUGUAUAACGAUUAUUGUCUGAUACUGAGAUCGUACUUUGAAUAGAGAAUAAUACAUAUGUGAGACCAUGUUGUAGGUUUAUCUUUGGUACGAAAUGUAAAUAUACCUUGACCUACAACAUAUGGAUAACAAGGUAAACAUAUCAUAUUAUUAAUAUGUUAGUUUUAGUAACUAUGGAGUUUGUUAGUAUGAGAUAAAAAGUGUUGU